AUGGAAGUUGGCGCUGUUAAACAAGCCUUUAAUAAUGAGGUGAUUCAUUUGAAGAAGAAAUUAAAUCAAGCAAAGAUUCAAGUCAUUCACAAAUUGACAAGAAAAGCAAAAGUGUUGAACGAAAAACAGGUCCCUGAAACUCUCAAAGAAAAACUCAAGAGAAAGUCACAGGCAGCAGUUAAUGAGGUUUUAAUUAUUAAGAAAAUCAAGCCUCGAGAUAUUGCAAAAUUCAUAGUGACACAUAAUGGGAAACUGAUUGAAUAUAUCAACAAACCUGAAGUUGAUAAAAACAAAGCCUGUGCGAGACUUCUUACACAUAAAGCCUUGCAGGAUAAAUACAAAUUGAUAAGAGAUAAAUUUGGCAAUGUGUCGAUUGAUGACCUGCUUAUGUCAAGACAUGAACGCUUGAAACUUAAAAAAGAGAUGAAGGAGAAACUAAAGGAAAAGAAAAAUAAACAAAAAGAAAAGAAGAAUGGUAAAAUUGAAGUUGAAACAAAUUCUAGCAACCUAAACAUCAGUCAAAAUGAAGGCUGGGAUGUUGUUAUAGAAAAUGACAAUGAAAUAUUAGACAAUGACAGUGAUACAUCAGAUAGUGACAGCAGAGAUGGUAAUGUUAGUAAUGAAGGUAAUACUUUAUUAGAUGAACAUGAGUCAACUGAAGUUGAAUCAGACAAAGAUAGCCUUCCAGAUGAAAUUGAUGAAAAUGAAAGUGAGAUGGGAAGGUUUGUUCGACCUCCACCUGAUGAUAAAGAUUUAGAUGAUGAUGAUAAAUCUAAAACUAAUGAAAUAGCAAUUUUGAAAGAGCAUGCCAAGAUGUUAGAAAAAGCUAAAAUACAAAAUAAGAAACCAGACAAACGAAAAGAAAAUAAGAACAAAAAUAUUAACAAUAAAAUCAUUACUAGGAACUUUAAAAAGAAAGAAGAUGAGUUGCCACUGGUCACAAAGGUUGUUGAUCCUUUCUUUGUGACAGCUAGUGGGGAUAAUUAUUUAACAGUAGCUGAACCGAGGGCACCAGAUGAGGUUAAAGAAGAACAUAAACAGGGUAAUAGACAAUAUAGAAGAGCAGUAAUGUUUGGACAUGUUCCCAAAGUAAAACCUAGAAAAGAUUUCAAUAGUAAAUAUCACAGCCAUGAUAAUCCUAAAUACAGAGAGCAGGAAUCUAAUUUUAAGCAUAAUUCAAUUAAUAAAUUUCACUUUAACAAUAGUUCAGAUGAAAAAGGCAAAUUUAAUAAUCAAAGCGAGAAUAAAGUGGAUGAAAAACCAGAAAAACUCCAUCCUUCAUGGGAAGCAAAAAGAAAGAAAUCUGCCAUAUUACCAUUCCAGGGUAAAAAAAUUGUAUUUGAUGAUAGUUGA